AUGGACCCACCGGUCGUGCCAAUGACGCGCGCAAGGCUCACGCGCGACUUCACGUCUGAGGAGGACACUGCUUUGCCACAAGUAAAGCGCUAUCGCGACCCUAUACGGCGACAGCCUUCCGGUGAGCCACGUGGAUAUGAUGUUGAUGGAGUCUACGAAAGUCAUGCGCGCAACAUUACGCGAGACGACUCAAGGACCAAAGUUUUCACCUCUUCAUUCGAACCGACAAGAUCUGCACCGCUUACUCCAGAGAGAGGGCGGGUCGAACGUCUGGCCUCGCAUCAGAAGUACCAGGACAACACAUCCGAACACGCCCAAAAGCCCAAGGAGGAAGACCUCCAUAAGCUCGAUUUCAACCUGACUUCUCCCACAGAGGCGAAUUAUGAACCGUCUAUCACAUCAACAACGCGCUCUCACGCCACCGACACACCUUCUGCACUGACAAAUUCAUCUGGCUCGCGCCUUCCCGAUUUCUUCAGCAACGAGGUCUUCCAAGUCGUCCUACACAACCCGACCACAUCCCACCAGCUUCUCAAGUUCGCGCGGUCGCGCAUGUGCGCUGAGAACCUCGAAUUCCUUACCGCCGUCGACAAGUACCACACGCUCCUCAACGAUGUCGCCAGCACUCUAUUCUCUGUCCACAAAUCUUUCCUCAGCUCUCAGGCUCCAAGUCAGAUCAACCUCCCCGAGGGCAUCUCCACGAGGCUGCACCGCGAACUGAAGGCCAACCUUACCUCCAACCUCCCCAAACUCGAGUCCAUCUUCGUCGACUCCCAAUCCGAGAUCGAACACCUCGUCGCCAACGACAUCUACCCACGCUUCGUCCGUCACCAAGUGACCCUUUCAGCCACCCGUGCCCUUGCGACUGAGCAACGACGCAGCAAAUAUGCCGGUCUCGGCGACUGCUUCGUCCUCACAGACCCUGCAAAAGCCGACAAUCCGAUCGUGUACGCCUCAGACGGCUUCGUGAAGGUCACCGGCUAUACACGGAACGAGAUCAUCCCCCGGAACUGUCGGUUCUUGCAGGGCAGGCAAACGGAUCGGAAGGCGGUGAAGCGGCUGAGGGUUGCGAUUGACAAGAACGAGGAGACGGUCGAGUUAUUGUUGAAUGAGAGGAAGGACGGCGAGCCAUUUUGGAACUUGCUGCUUGUUGCGCCCCUGAGGGAUGCGAGGGGUAACGUGAUCUUCUUCUUGGGUGGGCAGAUCAAUUGUUCGACGACAGUACAUAGUCAGAGCGAUGUGCUGAAGGUGUUGGCUACGAACGAGGAAGAGACUGUGGAAGAGAAGACGCCGGCGGCGGUGUUGCUAGAAAAGGAGAAGGAGAAGAGUCGUGCCAGUCGGUUCUUUUCGAGCUUCCGCAGCCAGAGUCAGAAUGGCUUGAAGCCGAUGCCGGUGGCGGGUAUGGAAGGCAGUCUGCUGGGGAAGAUGGACGGCAUGGGCAUCAGGAGGCAGGCGGAGGAGUUCUACUCGGCUUAUUCAAAGUACUUGAUCAUCAACGCCUCCACCCUCCUCAUCGCCUUCCACUCCGCCGGCAUCCUCAACCUGCUCCUCUCUCCUUCGUCCACCAACGGCACUAGUAUCAACAACAAUCUCAACCAUCCCACUACCUCAAACCAGUCUUCGCACGCGCAUCAAAAUCGCCCGAUCCCUUCGCCUAUAGGAUCCAACAUCUUCACCUUCCUCGAGCAGUACACGCCCACGCGGUCCCUGCCAUCAGGCUUCAAGACUCGGGUAAAGGACGCCGUGAAAGGUGGUCGGCCAUUGAGCCUCGAGAUCGGACUGCUGACGCAAAGGUACCAGGGGUCAGAAAGGUUUGUGUGUCACUGGACUAUGCUGAAGGGUGGGGAGAAGAGUGAUGGCGCAGGAGAUGGGAAGGUAGAGUGGGUUGUUGUUUGUUUGGGUGGGAGGGAGACUUGA